AUGGCGGCGCUCGUCGGUACCUCUCCAUGCCCCACGGUGCUCUACGUCAUCUCACCCGCGGGCAAGCCCGUCUGGUGCAGCGACACCUCCGUAAGCGAGGACGCGCUGUCGCCGACCUGCGGCGUGCUCACGGCCGUCGUCGCCCUCGCCGAGGACUGCGGCGACGAGGUCGUGGGCCUCGUCGCCGGCCGGUCGCGGGUCGCCCUCGUGCGGCGCGGCGAGCUGCUGCUCGUCGCCGUCGGCGCCGUCGAGGAGUGCGACGCCGCGCUGAGAAGCUACGUCGCCUACGCGCACGACGCCAUCUGCAUGGUUUUAACCGUCGGCGUGCACGCCGUGCUGAAAAAGAGCCCGAACCGCGACGUCCGCGAGCUCCUGGGGUCGUCGACGGCGACGAUUUUGGAGGGCCUCGCGGGCCGCGUCGACCGCCGCGGCGGCCUCGGGCCGCUGUCGCUGCUCAUUGGGGGGCCGCCGGCGCUCGCCUUGGAUCCCCAGGUCCGCGGCGCCGCGGGCCACGUGCUCGUCUCCGCGCAGAAGGCCGCCGCGGAGCGCUGCCCGUCGGCGCUCUACGGGAUCCUCUUCUGCGGCGGGCGGCUCGUCGCGGCCGCGCAGCCCAAGUGCCGCGGCGGCGACGCGUCGCGGCGGCUCCGGAGCGUCGACGUCUUGCUGCUCUUGAACUUUGUCGAGUCGCAGAAGAAGGCGCUGCUCGAGAGCGAGUCCUGGACGCCCGUGUGCCUGCCCCGCUUCAACGACCGCGGCUUCCUCCACGCCUACGUCGCCUACGUCGACGGCGACUCGGGCCUCUGCCUCGCGUUGCUCGCGGGCGACAACGCGCCCGAGACCUUCGAGACGUUCCGCGGCGCGCGGCGCGCCAUCGAGAGCGCGCUGCGCCGCGACGGCGUCCUCGCGGCGGCCGCGCGCGCCGCCGCGCAGCCGGCCGACGCCAGGCUCGCGGACCUGCUCCCGGCGGACUGCCUCCACUGCGCGGUCGCGUGCCGCGAGACGGGCGCGGACCCCCCGGGGGCGUACCUCGAGGACCCGGGGCCCCGGCCGCCGAAGCAGGCGCUAGCGCAGUGCGCGGCGACGCAGCCCUUCGAGCCCGAGCGCACGUGGCGCGAGUACGAGCGCCUCGCGGCGCGCUGCGCGCCGCCGGCGCCGGCCGGCGGCGCCGCGGACGCCGCGCCGCGGCACGCGGGCGCGCUGGCCCUCGCGACGCGCCGCGGCCUCACCUACGUCGCGCUGCCGGGCCCGCGGCUCGUCGUCUACGCGACCUUCGCCGCGCACGCGCCCGUCCGCGCCGUCGGCGACCGCGUCGCCGCGCUCGCGCGCGGCCUCGAGCGCGCGUCCGCGCGCCUCUUCGCGGAGCCGCGGCCCGACGCCAAGCACACCAUGGACGACGACGAGAGCUGGACGUCCGUGUCGUCGCAAAACGACGCGGCCCAGGAGGACCGCCCGGAGCGGGACAUGCCCGAGGAGCUCGUGCGCGCGCCCGCCGAAGAAGCCUGGCUCUUCCAGACCGACGACCUCGUGGACGUGCGGCGCACCUUCGCGCGCGUCUGCGACGGCGCGCGCGCGGAGGUCGCGGAGGCACGCGUCGACGCCGGCGAGCAGCCCGCGGCGGCCGCCGCCGACCCCUCGCCGCCCGCCGCCGACGCCCGCGCCGCGGCGGCCGCCGCCGACCGCUCGCCGCCCGCGGCCGACGCCCGCGCCGCGGCGGCCGCCGGCGAGCGCGAGCUGCCCGCGGCCAGCUACGACACGCACAGGCGGGGCAAGCGCGCCGACGGCCACUCGCUGCGGCGGCGGUACGCCGACAACCUCGAGCCCGUCGAGGAGAUCGAGACCGCGCGGCGGCCGGCCGUCGGGGACGCGUACCCGUACAGCUCGGGGCCGCUCACCGUCGCGACGACGCCCCUCGACGCGCUGCUCCCGGAGCUGCUCGGCACGAAGUGGAGCCGGGGCCACGGCACGGCGGCGCUCGCCAAGGGCCGCCGCUGGGACGACGCGCGCGAGCUCCUCGACGCGCUCGUCCGCGACGGCAGGGCGAGCGCGGACCGCGGCGUCGUCGUCCGCGAGCGCGGCGUCUACGGCCUCCAGGCCCACGUCGCGACGCGCUACAAGGUUUUAGCCGCGGGCACGGCCGUCUUCGCGGCGGGCGGCGGCGCGCGCGCGCGCGCCGCCGCGAAGCGCGAGGCGCGGGUCCGGACCGUGUUCCGGGAGACGCGCGACGGCGGCGUCGAGGCGCUCUACGCGCUCCCGCGGUCCGGCGAGCCGCCGGCGGCGCUCGUCGAGGCCCAGGGGCCGGACAAGCGCGGCCGCGUGCCGUCGGCGCUCGAGGCGCGGCUCCGCGAGCCGAACGCGGGCCGCCGGGGGGGGCGGAGCGCGAAGAAGCGGCGGCCCGCGCGCGCCUGGGCGCCCGGCGCGCACAUCGUGUGCGGCGCCGGGGACUGCGUCCGCGCGUCGCGCCGCGCCGUCGCCGUCGGCGCGUUCGUCGACGCGUUCGUCGACGUCGAUUUCGCGCGCGACGUCUUCGUGACGCACGUGUCCUUCGGGGGCCGGUGCCACGACACCUACGCGUGGCGGGACGGCGACGGCGUCGCGCACGGGGACGUCCAGGUCGCCGUCGAGGGCACGGCGUCCGCGCCGCCGCGCGUCGCCGUCGAGGCGCGCGUCGGCAACAGGGCAGCAAAAGAGAGCGAAAUUCCCAACUCCAAAGGCUCAUAUCUCGGCCGUUUUCCACUCGUCGGCAAGGGCUGGCUCGACCUCGGCGACUUCCGGGGGCCCGAGACGUGCUUCGAGGAGGCCGCGGCGGCCCUCGGGAACGCGCCCGGCGCGUCCGCGGACGGGCCGUGGCUCGGCGUCCGGUGCCGCGCGCUCCGCUUCCGCGCCGGCGGCGCGCCGCUCAAGGUCGCCGCCUACGGCGUCGAGACGCUCGAGCGCCGCGCGCGGCGGCCGCGCCGCGGCGCCGCGCGCGGCGGCGGCGACGACGGCGACGACGACGGCGGCGUCGAGUACGUCCUCCGCGCGCCCCUCGCCGACGACGACGGCCGGGGCCGCGGCCGCCUGCUCCAGCGGUGGGCCAUCUCCCACCGGGAGCGGCGCUACUCGCGGGAGUGGGCCUUCGGCGACAAGCGGGGAGCGGGCGCGGGAGCUCUAGGCGCGGACAUGGCGAGCUACGAGCCCAUCGGCGGGGACGCGCCGCGCCGGCGCCGCCGGCGCCGGGCCGCGCUCGCGCUCGGCGGCGCGUCCCUGGCGCUCUGCGGCUGGGCGGCCUCCGCGGGCCCCCGCGGCGGCGCGCCGGCGCUCGCCGCGACGGCCACCGCCGAGCGCGCCUUCGUCGUCUUCGGGGACCGCGUCGUCCUGCCGGCCGUCGGCGCCGCCGGCGGCGGCACGCGCCUCGCGGCGACGAACGGCUACGUCGCCCGCGACGGCAAGGUCAUCGGCGGAGACUACUCUUGGGCGACGGGCGCGGUGCUCGACGUCCGGCGCGAGGCGACGUUCAGCCUCGUCGACGCGGCGACGUCGACGCCGGCCUUCGGCGCCUGGACCUUCGAUCACCGCCGGGAGGACGAGGCCGCGUGGGGCGGCGCCUGGGCCGGGUCCGCUCAGACGUUCGACGCGCCGGGGGACUACGUCGUCCGCGCGACGUCCGCCGACGGGGCCACAACAAUAUCGGGCCGCGUCCACGCGCGCUACGUGCGCCGCGAGGUCCGGGACCUGCUCGACGACGACCGCCAACGCUUCUUCGCGGCGCUGCGGACGACGUACCGCGUGCCGACGGCCGAGGGCCGGCGGCGGUUCGGCGACGACAAGUACAAGGACGCGACGUUCUUCGUGCGCGAGCACCUCGAGAGCGCCGGGGGCAAGUGCGACCACUUCCACGACGGUCUGGGUUUCUUGAACUCGCACGCGGCCACCGGCGCGGAGUUCGAGCAGGCGCUGCAAGCGGUCGACGCGCGCGUGUCGCUGCCCUACUGGGACUACACGCGCGACUCCGCGGCGGUGGCCGUCAACGGCAGCCUCGACGCCUGGUACGACGCCGCCCUCUUCUCGCCGGACGCGUUCGGGUCCGCGCGGCCGGCGGACUCGAAGCAGCACGUCUUAGACGACGGGAGCUUCUGGGCCUCGCUCCCCGUGCCCCGCGACCGCGACCGCAACGAGAGCGCCGUCGUCAACGCCUACGGCUACCUCCGGCCCAUGUGGAACCCGCUGAAGACGCCGUUCCUCACGCGGUGCUCGUCGACGCUGGGGUUCCGCACGGACCGGUACCCGACGUGCGGCGACGUGCGCGGCGGCCUGCGCCGCGACACCUGGGACGACUUCGGGAACGUCAUCAUGUACGAGCCCCACGGCACGGUGCACAACAUGGUCGGCGGCACCUGGGCCGGGUCCGUCGCGCGCGGCGACCUGGCCGCGUUCGUCGCCAACGGAACAUUAGACACGUACGACCUCUUCCAGUUCGUCAACCCCAAGGGCCCCUGGCAGCACGGCGUCCUCGUCUGCCCGAGCUUCUGCAGCGACGACACGGACCAGGCGACGUGCAGCUGCCACUGCCCGAAGCGCGAGGGCUCGUCGGACUACGAGGUCCUCGAGGCGUCGGGGUUGCUCGACCGCUGGGCGGACCACUUCGCGCGGCGGUCGCGGAACCGGAACUUCGUGGCCCGCGCGCCCGGGGCCGGGCCCUACGUGGGCGGCGCGCGGCGCGUCCGCGUCGCCGUGGAGGACGAGGACGCGUUCCUCGCGGCGGCCGUCGCGACGAUGUGCACUCCCGGUUUCUCCGGCGGCGUCAUGGACUCGGCGGCGAACGUCGACCCCCUCUUCUGGUCCAUCCACGCCGCCGUCGAGCGCCUCUGGCAGUGGAAGCGCCUGAGCCCGGCGCCCUAUGUGUAUCGGUGGCUGCCGGGCUCCGCGGCGUCGAACCCGCACUGCCGCGAGCUCGAGAACGGCCACGACGCCAACAACACGCGCCAGUGGAAGAAUCUGUUCGACGCCGACGACGUCUACUACACGAACCACGAGCUCUACGAGAAGCUCGCGCCGACGAACGGCGCGCUGCCCUACGUCUUCGACGGCUUCGACUGGCCCCACUGCGUCGACGUCGAGGCCACGGACUUGAGGCCGUCGGCGAACUCGAAGCGGCCCGUCGCCUUGUUGAACGUCGCCGUCGCCGCGUACGCGUCGUUCGGGUCGGCGUCGGCGGCCGCCGCGGCCGCGGACGCGUCGAUGAAGCCGCAGGCCGGCGGGUCCCAGGUCGUCUCCUGGGUCUUCGUGUUGAAGAAGAAGGGCACGCCGGACGUCGGGUCGCUGUGCUUGACCCACGCCGUGUCGCCGGCGCUCUGGGGCGUCUCCGUCUUGCGCUUCUUCGCGAGGAAGGCCUCGUGGCUCGGGUUCGACGACGCGGGCGCGGCGCCGCUCGCGCCGGGCCGCUCCCAGGACGUCGCGCCGCUGCCGGCGUUCCAGCAGCUCAUUCGGCACAUCGCCAUGCUGGAGACGCUGCUGUCGCCGGACAACGCGACGCGCGCCGCCGGGGAGGCCCAGAUCGCAGCCUUGAAAACCGCCACACCGAUACCGCUCGUGCGGGCCCUUCUCGUCCUCUGCGGCGACUGGUGCGCCGGCGGCGACGGGUCGUCGAGCGUCGGCGCGGCGCCGUGCAUCCGGUCGCUGGCCGCCGUGCUCCUGCGGCGCCACCUCCUCGAGGCCUGGGGCGACCUCGACGACGCGACGCGAUCCGCCGUGCGAUUGACGCUCGUCGCGUCGCUCGCCGCGCCGGGCCCGCCGGGCGAGCCCGAGCUCGCCAAGCUCCUGGGCGACUGCGUCGGCGCCCUCGCGCAGCACGUCGGCGGCGACGAGGGCGCCGCGGCGGCCUGGCCCGAGCUCCCGCCCGCGCUCCUCGCCGCCGCCGCGUCGCAGAACCCGAGCGCCGCCGCGCUCGAGGCGCUCGCGUGCCUCGCGGACGACGUCGCGGGGCGCGACGACGCCUUCGCGGGCGCCUGCGCGUCGGCGCUCGCGGCGUCGUCCCUCGCCGCGGCCGACGGCGACGCGCGGCGCCGGCGCGCCAAGGCGCUCGGCGCGGUCCUCGGAAGCGUCGGCGAGGCGGCCUACGAGGGCGAGCCAGCGGCCGUCGGCGGCCGGGGCACCGUCGAGGCCUACGUCGAGUGCGCCCUCUUCCGGCCGGCCCGCGACGCCGCGGGCGGCGGCGGCAAGGCCGCGGACCGGUGCCUCCGCGACGGCCUCGAGCAGAUGGUCGAGCUCGCGGACGCGGCGCCCAAGGCGUUCCGCGACGUCGCGGCGCCGGUGCUCUCCGGCUGCCUCGACGUCGCGGCGACCCCGGGCUUCGGCGGCGGCGCGCGGUCGCUGGCCGUCGAGCUCGCGUGCUCGUUGUGCGAGCGCGCGCCCGCGACGGCCCGGCGCUGCGCCGCGGGCGGCGCGAAGUGGCCCGCCAAGGCCGUCGACGCCUGCUUCGAAAUGCUCGCCGAGGACGAGCCCCGCGACGACCCCGCGGCCUGGGAACACGCGCCGGGCCCGCCGCCGGAGCUCGACGCCGCGUCGGGCCGCGAGCUCGGCGCGGAGUUUUUAGACCGCCUCGCGCGGAGCCUGCGGCCCAAGGCCGUGCUCCCGCGCGCGCUCGGCAACGCGGCGCGCGCGCUCGCGGCGGCGGCGGCGGACCUGAACCAGUGGCGCGGCGCGCGCGCGGCCUGCUUCGCGCUCACGCAGGUCGCGGAAUCCGUCAACGACCUCGAAAGUUUAAAAAAGACGGACGACGUGCCGCUGCUCUGCGGCGCCGCGGAGCCCCGGAGGAAGCUCAACGGCAAGCGGCGCCGGCGCGACUGGGUCGACGCGCUCCUGCCCUUCGCGACGCAAUACCCCGUGGCCUGCGUGCGCUGCGCGGCGCUCGACGCGCUCGCCCAGUCCUGCGAGGACCUCGGGCCGCUCCUCCAGCUCGAGACGCACGCCGUCGUCGUCCCCGCGCUCUGCGAGAGCAUCCGCGGCGACGGGAGCCACCGCGCGCGCGCGGCCGCGUGCCGCUGCGCGCUGCUCUUCCUCGACGCGGCGCCCUACGGCGCCGUCGGCCCCCACCUCCCGCUCCUCGCGGAGACGCUCGCGGCGGCCGUCGCGCCCGCGAGCCCGCCCCACGUCCGCGAGCACGCCGUCGCGGCCGUCGCGGCGCUCGCCGAGGCGGCGUCGUACCAGAGCGACGGCUCGACGAAGGUCGGCCUCUACGGCCUCUUCGGCCCGCUGCUCAGCCCCCUCGCCGCGGGCUCCGAGUCGCUCGCGGGCGACGCGGCCGCGACGGCGGCCGUGCGCGCGCGCGCGCUCGAGACCGUCGCCUUGCUCGGCGAGGCCGCGGGCCGCGACGUCUUCGGCGACGACGCCGUCGCGCUCCUCCGCGUCGUCAUCCGCGACUACUUCGGGCCGGACACGCGGCCCGAGGACGACGCGGAGCGCACGGGCGCGCUCAAGUCCGUCGUCCGCGUCGCCAAGUGCCUGGGGGCGUCCUUCGCGCCGUUUUUAGAAGACGUGCUGCCCUACGCGCUCGAGGCGGCCGAGGGCCAGCAGGUGCUCGCGGGCGUCGCGGGCGACGACGACGACUCGGACGCCGACGAGAACGACGAGUUCGUGGUGCGGACGGAGGCGCUCGAGGCCCAGGCGAACGGCUGCCAGAGCGUCCUCUUGCUCGCGGACGCGCUCGGCGGCCACUUCGCGGGCGCGGUCGAAAAGUGCUUCCUGACGCUCGCGCCCCUCGUGAGCCACGCGAUCGCCGACGACGUCCGGUCCUACGCGGCGGCGGCGUUGCCGGCGCUCGUCGACUGCGCGCGCCUGGGCGACGGCGCGAACGCGGCCGCGGCGCUCCUCUUCGCGCUCGAGGCGCUCCUCGCCGCCGUCGCCGAGGAGGAGGAUUUAGAACCCCUGCUGACGGCCCUCCAGGCGACGAAGGCGACGAUCGAGGCGGGCUGCCGCGACGACGGAGAAGCAGGGACAGAGGCGCCGCGGCCCGCGACGGCGGCGCGCUGCCGGCCGCUGCUCCUCGGCACGCGCCUCGCGCCGGACAAGGUCCUCGACGCGCUCCACGGCUGCCUCGCCGCGUCGCUCCAGCGGCGCGCCGUGCGCCGCGCGGAGGCAACGAUGGACGAGGACUACGACGACGACGCGCGCGAGGCGCACGAGGAGGCCGCCGCGCUCGACGGCAUGGUCGUCUACAACGUCGCCGAGGCGCUGGGCGCCGUGCUGCGGACCCACGGCGCGUCGGCCUUCGACGCGCUGAAGGGCGCGUGGCUGCCGCGCCUCGCGGACAUGGCCGACGAGCGCUGCGUCGAGCACGACCGGAGGGUCGCGGCGUUCGUGCUCUGCGACGUCGUCGAGUUCGGCCCUUUGGCGCCGCCGGGCCUCGACGACGCGACGCGCGCGCGGGUCCUGGGCGAGGCGGCGGCGCUCGUGCCCGCGCUGCUGCGCCUCGCGGCCGAGGGGUCGCCCGCGCGGCGGCAGGCGGCGAUCUACGGCGUCGGCGCGGCGGCGUCGUCGCUCGGGCCGAGCGGCCACUUUUCGCCCCACGCGCCGGCCGCGCUCGCGUCCAUCGCGGCCGCCAUGGCGCUGCGGCCCAGCGACGCGGCGCUCGCGGCCGGCGGCGCGAGCGACGACGACGACGACGGCGACGACGACGGCCCGGACGCGGCGGCCGACGAGAUGGUCGCGGACAACGCGGCCGCGGCGCUCCUCAAGGUGCUGCGCGCGGCGCCCGGCGGCGGCGGCGGCCAGGCGCGCGCCUGGGUGUCCUACCUGCCCCUCCGCGCGGACCCCGAGGAGGCCGCGUCGUGCCUCGACGCGCUCUGCGCGGACCUCGUCCAGCCCGGGCUCCUCGGCGCCGUGCCGCUCGCGGACAAGGUCGCGUGCGUCGCGCGCUGCGCCGCGGCGCUCCGCGAGAACGCCGAGGGCACGACGGCGCGCGUCGGCUCGGCGCAGAAGUCCGGCGCGAGCCGCGGCCGCGGCCGCGCCGACGACGGCGGCCAGCGCGCCGCGCUCCUCCGGCUCAAAGCGGGCCUCCUCGCCGUCCAGGCCGCGCACCGGCCCGAGGACCUCAUGGCCGCCUGGCAGACGCUCCCCCACGACGCCCAGGCCGUCGUCAGCGCCCUCGCCGCCCUGCAAUAA